AUGAAAAGUUUAAAUUUACUUUCACAAAAAAUUUCUUCUUGUCCUUAUAAGCUUGGAAAAACUUUUUUAAUCAAUCAUGAGGAUGAAACAGUAUAUCUUUUAAAAUUCUCUAGUUCUUUAACCCAUUUUGAACUUAUUAAACAUAAUGAUUCAGAGGUAAUAGCAAUGUGGCCAAAUAAAGAAGACAUUGCAGAUUUGGUUUCAAUAGUUUGUGGAAUGCAUUUUUCAGUAUAUGAUCAAGCUAUAUAUAUAGCGUUUCAUAAUGGUGAUAUUGUAUCUGUUCACUUGGAUUCAUCGGAAGAAGAGGUUGAAGUUGUUGGUUCAAUUGAAUCUAAGAUCCAAUGCAUGGAAUGGAGUCCGGAUGAUGAAUUAGUUAUUUUUGUUACCGGAAAUAAUACAAUAUUGGUAAUGACUAAGGAUUUUUAUGUGAUAACAGAAUUUCCAAUUAACGUGGAAGAAACUGGAGAAGCUGUUAGUAUAAAUGUUGGAUGGGGAAAAAAAGAAACACAAUUUCAUGGAUCAGCCGGAAAAUCUGCUGCACAGAACAAAGUGGAUAUUUCUGGUUUUACUAUGUCUCAAGAUGAUGAUUUAAAACCACGUGUAUCAUGGAUAGGAGAUGGGAGCAUGUUUUGUUGUUCAAUAAUUGAUCCUAAUAAAGGACUUCGAGUUAUUCGUGUUUAUAAUAGAGAAGGUGUGUUACAAUAUACUAGUGAACCCGUUGAUAAACUUGAACACGUAUUAUCAUGGAGGCCAUCAGGAAAUUUGAUUUCUUCAAGUCGGAGAUUACCAGAUAAGCAUGAAAUUAUUUUCUUUGAAAAAAAUGGAUUAAGACAUGGAGAAUUUUCAUUACGUGAAACACAGACUCAUAAGAUUAUUGAAAUUUUGUGGAAUUGUGAUUCUACAAUUUUAGCUGUAUGGAUAGAGAGAAUAAUAUCAGAUAACGAACAAUCAAGUUGUGUUCAGUUAUGGUAUAUGAAUAAUUACCAUUGGUACUUAAAACAAGAAAUUCAAUGUCAACUUGGUGAUAAAAUAACUAGUGUUGCUUGGGAUGUUGAAAAAGCACUAAGAUUACAUUAUACCACAAUAAAUGACUAUUAUUGUCUAGAUUUCUGUUGGGACUUGUUUAGUGCAAAUACAAUUUCAGACAAAAAUGUUGCUCCAGUUGCUGUUAUUGAUGGAUCUUCCGUAAAUCUUACACCUUUUAGAGUGAUGAAUGUACCGCCACCAAUGUUUGCAUUCUCCGUGCAACUUUCAAAUCCAGCGUCUUGUGUAUCAUUCUUACCAAAUAAAAAUGGUGGAAAUAAUUUUGCUGUACUUGAAGCCAAUCAGCAAAUUACACUGUUUGAGUGGAGCGGAGCGUUUGAAAGACCUAUCAAGGUCCCAACAUGUAUAGGAUCUUUUCAAAUUAAAGAUUCAAACAAUGAUCAAGGAACAUUGAGACAAAUCAUAUGGUUUAAUCAAUCAAUUAUAUACGGUUUAUGUUCAAUCAAAUGUGAAAAUAAUUACGAUAAAUUGGUCGUAAUUUAUUUGACCUAUGAUGAGAAUGGUAAAGCAAAGUACUUGUCAAAUGAAAAGCAUAAUCUUUGUCAAAGUAUUUUAAGAUUAUACUCUAACCCAAAUAACGAAGAAUUGUGGUUUGAAAAUACUCAUGGAAAAGUUUUUAAAGUUAAAAUAUAUAUAGAUCAAAUUAAUAAAUUUAUUGAAAAUAAUGAUCCAGGAGAAAAGUUAAAAAUACAAAAUGAUCCUUUUACUAGUUUUCCUGAAGUAUGUAAUUGGAUAUCUUCAACUGAAAUCGGGAGAGAUGAAAGAAAUGAGACUGUGAUAAUAGGAUUGAGUGAAAAUAACAAGUUAUAUGGGAAUAAUACACAAAUAUCAAUGGAUUGCACGUCAUUUUUUAUACAUAAUGAUUUUCUUAUAUCUACCACCUUAAAUAAUAAUGUCAAAUUUUUACCACUUCAAGCUAAUUUAUCAGAUUGGGAGAGUUUUAAUAAUAAUGAGUCCCAUCCUUAUCAUGAAACUAUGAGAAAGGUAGAGAGAGGAUCAAAAAUAAUAUGCGCAGUUUAUUUUGAUGUUUUUCUUAUAUUACAGAUGCCUAGAGGAAACUUGGAAACUGUUCAUCCACGAGCUUUAGUUUUGGCAUCAGUACGAGAAUCAUUAAAUCGACUUGAUUAUUUAUCAGCUUAUAUGACUUGUAGAAGACAUAGAAUUGAUCUAAAUAUUUUAUAUGAUCACGAACCUAAAUUAUUCUUGAACAAUGUUGAAUUAUUUAUUAAUCAAGUUAAAAACGUUGAUUAUUUAAAUUUAUUCUUAUCAAGUUUAAGGAAUGAAGAUGUGACUAAAACCAUGUACCCUAGAAUCACUAUAGGUUCAAAACCUAACCCAUCUGAUAAUACUGAGUCUCAAGAUGUUUCAACGAAAGUCAAUAUUAUAUGUGAUGUAGUUCGUGGAGUUUUAGAAUCGAAAGAUUCUAAAAAAUAUCUUCAAUCCAUAAUAACAACUUAUGUAAAAAAAUCUCCACCAGAAUUAGAAUCUGCUUUAAAUUUUUUGGCCAAAUUAAAAGAUCAAAACUUAAAUCUUGCAGAGGAUGCAGUAAAAUAUGCAAUAUUCUUAGUGGAUGCAGAUAAAUUAUUCGAUGUCGCAUUGGGAAUGUAUGAUUUUAGUUUAGUGCUUUUGGUUGCUCAGCAAUCUCAAAAGGACCCAAGAGAAUAUUUAUCAUUUUUAGCGGAACUUGAAAAUCAUUCGAAAUAUUAUCAAAGAUUUAAGAUUGAUGAUCAUCUUAAUAGAUAUGAGAAGGCCUUAUAUAAUCUAAGCUUAGCGGGUGAAAAUUAUUUUGAGCAAUGUUUGAAAUACCUUCAAGAACAUCAACUCUAUAAAUCGGCUAUUAAUAUUUUUGCUAAUGAUAAUGAAAAAUAUAAAAGAGUCAUGGCUGUUUAUGGAGAUUAUCUGAGCAAAGAGUCUAAUUUUGAAGAAGCUGGAUUAGCGUACAUUUUGGCUGGAAAUAAAUUGAAUGCGCUCGAAGCUUACAAAAAUUCAGAAGUGUGGCGUGAAGCAUUUGCUAUUGCUCAGGAAUUAAAAUAUUCUUCAAACGACUUGUUUCUAUUGUCCAAAGAACUUUCAGAAAGAUUGGCCGAUAAAAGACAGUAUCAAGAAGCUGCUCAGAUAUUAUUGGAUUACACAAGGCAACCUGAAGAUGCUGUCGUGUUACUUAAUAAAGGACAUCAUUGGAAAGAGGCCAUACGUAUUUCUUAUAUGUAUGAUAGAGCUGAUCUUAUAGAGACUAAUGUUAAGCCAAGCGUUCUCGAAGGACAUAACAAUCUACUUCAGGAUAUCAAUUCUAUGUUGGAUCAGUUAAAUCUGCAAACUUCGCGAUUACAAGAAGUCCUUCUUAAUAAAGCUAAGCAACAUGAUUUGGAACAAUUUGAUAAUGACGAAUCAAUAGAGAAUGUUGAUGUAUUUUCUGACACAAGUUCCAUGGCAAGUAAGUUUACUAGAUAUACGAAAUCAAAUACCCAAUUGAGCAUCCAGUCUACAAGAAGCGGAAAAAGUGCUAAGAGUCGUAGACGAGCUGAAAGAAAGAAAGCUCGUGGAAAGAAAGGAAGUAUAUACGAAGAAGAAUAUUUGUAUGAUUCUUUAAGAAGAUUAAUUGAAAGAUUUAAUAGUACCAAAGUGGAAAUGGCGAACUUGCUGAGUUGUUUAGUAACAUUGGGGUAUUUGAAAAAUGCGCAACAAAUACAAAGUGUAUUUGAAAAUUUAGAAGAAAAGAUCAAAAAUAAUAUUGAUAAAAUAUUUGUUACACCUUCAAAUACAACAACGAAUAUAACAUCAACGGUCAAUGUUAAUAAUAAUUCAGAGGUUUUGGAUAAUCAGCAGAAUAAUAUGGUAAAUUUGGCGAUUUAUGAAAAACCAAAACUAAAUCAAAUUAAUUGGAAAUUACAAAUUAUAUAA